AAGAAACCCCAAAUGGCCAACUUCACCAUUGGGCAUCUCCCACCCAGCAUCCUGGUCAAUCAACCAUCCCAAUAUGCUACCAACAAAUUUGCCUCCUGUGACUACAUUGAACUCUGGUACUUCUCCCCUGAGGGGUGCAGUGAUGCAGCAAAAAACUCAAGAUCCAAUGCUGAUGAUACUUUCAGAUUAUCCAGCACUAAUGACUUACUCACCCUCCAUCCAGUUGCUUCAGUCAAGGCAUAG